AUGAACGGUGUCAACUUCCCAGACCCAGCCGUCAUCAGGACCUCUUCAGGCUGGCAUCUGUUCAGCACAAACGCCAAAAUCGACGAUAAAUGGGUCAACGUCCAACGAGCCUCCACAACAGACUGGAAGACCUUCUCCUUCCACCGCGGUGUCGACGCGCUCCCAACCUUACCCUCGUGGGUCGAUCGCGACCCUCGCGUCUGGGCCCCUGACGUCGUCCGCCUCGACGACGGAACGUACCUCCUAUACUACACAGCAGCCUGGAAAGCCCGUCCAAACAUCCACUGCCUCUCCUACGCCACCGCCAAAAAGAUCACAGACCCCUUCGUCGACAACACCACAGAACCCUGGAUUUGCCCUUACUCCGAAGGCGGCGCCAUCGACAUCGCAGGCUAUACCGACGAGCAGUUCACAAACCGCCGCUACAUCGUCUACAAAAUCGACGGAAACGCCCUCGGCCACGGAGGAGCCUGCGGCAACACCGUCCCACCCAUUGUACCAACCCCCGUCAUGCUGCAAGAAGUCUCCCGCACAGACGGACACACCCUUAUCGGUUCUCCGAUCCCCAUCAUGACCAACAUCCCCUCCGAUGGACCUUACAUUGAAGCUCCCGUUCUCACAUACUUCAACAAGAAGUAUACGCUCUUUUUCAGCACCAACUGUUACCAAGGGGAUAAAUACGAUGUGCAAUAUGCCACAGCGACGGAUAUCAGAGGACCGUAUGAGAGACAAGGACAAUUGUUGAGGUCUAGUGGGCCUUUUGAGUUGCAGGCUCCGGGAGGCAUGGAUGUGGCGAUUAAUGGGGAUCAUGUGGUGUGGCAUGCGAAGCAUGGCGUGAGGCCGGCGUAUGCGGGAAUUUUGGGAGUCAGAGCGGAUGGAAAGUUGGAGGUGAAGUUGAGUUGA